AUGUUCAUUAGAGAUUUAGCUACUUCUCAUUUAACAUCAGAAACUGAGGUGUACCAAGGUAUUUAUGUUAUAAAUGAUCACCUAUACAAUAGACAACAGCUCAUUAAGACCAAUUCAACGUAUUACACACAGUCAAUCAUACACUGCCAACGGGUUUUUCAACAGUUUCAACUUAUAAUCUUUGAAAAGUUGUUUAAAAAUCAAUCUGCUUAUUCUUUUAUUCUAUUCUAG